AUGUAUGAUGUUAGUGUUGAUAUAUUCAACCUUGGAUCUGACACUUUGAUUGACUAUAAGUUGAAUAUGCCGAAAGAUCCGAAUGGUUACAAGCCAGCUGGAGUUCUCAAGACAGAUGACGGCAAAAUGGAUGCUGUGGAACUGUAUACACUUAGUCGAAACGAGGUACUUGGUACACGGUCUACGUGCCGAGAUCCAGAGAAAUUUCAAAAACACCGCGCAGAGUGCAAACGAUUUUUUCUUCGUCUACAUGAAGUUCUAUCGCGGAUUAUGAAUCACCUCGACAAACAUCUAGGCUUAGCUCCUGGUACACUAUCUGCGCUUUCUCCUUUCCAGUGUUUGUAUUAA